CGUGCGCACAACAGCCGGGGCGGAGCGAGCUCCCGGGCCGACAUGGCGUCGCCGCAGCCCUGCGCGGACGGGCCCUGCUGCUCCUGGCCGGGUGCGGCGUCCGGCGUGCAGCAGACGCUGGACGAGAUGGACUUCGACAGGGGAAUCUGGUCAGCAGCCCUGAAUGGAGACCUAGGCCGAGUGAAGUAUUUCAUCCAGAAGUCAACAGACCCUAGCCAGCCUGACUCAGCUGGCUACACUGCUCUGCACUACGCCAGCCGCAACGGGCACUAUGCUGUAUGCCAGUUCCUGUUGGAAAGCGGGGCUAAGUGUAAUGCCCAAACCCAUGGGGGCGCCACUGCUCUACACCGGGCCAGCUACUGUGGGCACACCGAAAUCGCACGGCUCCUGCUGUCUCAUGGGUCCAACCCCAGGUUGGUGGAUGAUGAUGGCAUGACCAGUCUGCAUAAGGCUGCCGAGAAGGGUCAUGUGGACAUUUGCUCCCUGCUGUUGGCACACAGCCCGGCCCUGAAGGCUGUCCGGGAUCGGAAGGCACGACUAGCAUGUGACCUGCUGCCCUGCAACAGUGACCUGUGGGACCUGCUGGCCAGCUGAGCUGCCACCUUUCUGUCUCAGACUGCCGUGCCAGAGUACACAGACUAGCCCUCCCGGCCCUGCCUUGGUCAGCAUCCGUGCUGGGGUGGGAAACUGAGGCCUGAAGAGCCCCGUCCUGGCUGCUGUGGAAGCGAGGGGAGUAGAUGCGGCGGAGCUGCAAAUGCUUAAGCCUGGACAGAUGAUCACAUUCUAAAUUAGUUCAUGUGGAAACAUCUAUCCGUUUGGAAAAAAUAAAGUUGUAUCCUUACCUCAUCCAUGCACAAAAAUAAAUUUCAAGUAGAUUAAAGAACUAAGUAUAAAAACAACUACAUAAGUAUUAGAAGAAGCUAUGGAAUAUAUGUCACAAAGCUGCUUUCUAGCUCAGCACCCUUGAGAAAGAUCACUUGGCCCAUCUGUCCCUGCUUCCUCAUCUGUGAGUGAGGGCCUGCCUCAGAGGCCUUGUUAAAUGAGUGAAUAUACCGAGAGCACCAGAGUGUGCCAGGCACGUUGCAAACUGUGUUAGAGCAUCCACUUUUUCAAAUUUUAUUCAUUUUAAUAAUCUGAUAGAUUAACAAGUGCUAUUGUUUUAUUUUGUGUUGCUAAUUACCAGUGAUGUUGACCAUCAGUGAUGUUGACUGUCUUCUGUAAACUUCCUAUUCAUACCUGUUGCCUAAAGAUUUUUUUUUCCUUUUAUUGAUUUGUAGGAGUUCUGUAUUAUGGAUAUUAAUCUUGUUUAUAUAUAUAUAUAUUUUCUUUCUUAACAUCACUUUGUUAGUAUCUGUUCAUGGAAAUUGAUAAUCCAUCAUAGACAGGAGUUUGACAAUAUUAAAAUUUAAAUGAGCAGGG